UGCCGAGAGGCAGUCAGGCGAGUGAGUCCCUUUAAGAUCAGACUGGGAGGGUCCCCUCAGGCAGAUCCGGCGCUGCUGCUACUGCUGUCGCCCCGCGAGCCCGUCCCGCCGCCGCCCGCAACCGCCUGGAGGAUCACGUCCGACCCCGACUCACUGUGCCCGCCCGCCAACUUGCUGGCACGAUCACUGAGCUGCCGGGCUAGAGCGCCGCCCCACUUCGGCGGCCAUUUUCUAAUUAGACCUCCAGCCCUUCCUCCUCCUCCUCCCCCUUCCGCGCAGCCAUCUUGAGUGAGGGCAUUUAACUAGUAUCGAUACCGAUGAAGGUGGACCUCGGUUAUCCGCCACCUGACCGCUCCCUAAGGAGGGGAUAAGAUAGGAAGAAGCCUAGGCUGAGUUCCACCUCCGGGCGGCGCAGUUGGGGCCGUUUAUUUCCCCGCCCUGUGGUUAUGGCUUCGCUUCCCGGAACCAAGAUGGCCGCCGGUCUGGCGACUCAAUGGAGAGGAGAGAGCAGGCGCUCUGUAAUCACGCUCACCGCAGUCUCUAUGUGUUCUACAGCUCUUAAUUCCAGCACUUACCUGUGUGUGUGCUCCGACUGCCAUUAGGUGGAGGGAGUAGUUGGAGCAGAUUGGCAGAGUUGUUACUGUGAAAGAUGAGAGCUGAUCUUGCCUCAGGGAUUGCCAUCAGUCUGGUGGCAUAAAUGUCAGUGAUCUCCAGGGAUCAAUGAGAGGGGAGCUGGUGCCAGAACACAACAAACAGGUGCCGCUGGAGCAGCCGCUAAAUGAGCCCGCGAUGGAGGGCGGGCAGCCGGGCCCCGGGGCGAGCUCCCCGCAGAGCGACUCCGCCGAAGUUUUGCUCCACGGGGUGUUCGCCCUGCUGGACCCCGCUCCCAAGACGAGCUACGCGCUGAGUCUCACCCGAGGCCGGGAGCUGCGCAUGCAGCGGGUCGGCUCCGCGCCGGCCGGCCGGAGCGCCGCGCUGAAGCUGGCGGACUGCAUCGGCUGCUCUGCCUUCGCCGGCCGGGAGCCGGAGCCGGAGCCCGAGCCCGAGCCGGCCGCCUACUUCUCCGUCUUCUGCUACCCCUUCCGCAAGGGCUGGUGGGACGCCGCGCCCGCCAGGCAGCGCCUCGCCAGGACUUUCCGCGUGUGCGGGGCCCAGGAGCCGGGGGACAAUCUGAAGCUGGCGGAGACGUGGGCUGGGAAGAUCAGGGAGCUGGCUGCGCCCAGGAUCCCCCGGCAGGAAGGGGUGACGUGGGGACUCUUGUCGCGGCCCUGCCAUGUCCUGGUGCUGCUGAACCCCCAGAGCGGAACGGGGCAUGCGCUGCAGCUGUUCCACUCCCUAGUGCAGCCGAUGCUGGACGAGGCCGACGUAGCCUUCACCCUCUUUGUGACCGAGAGGCCGAAUCACGCCCGCGAGCUGGUGCGGGCCACAGACUUAUCCCAGUGGGACGCCGUGGCCGUCUUGGCCGGGGAUGGCCUGUUGUACGAGGUGGUGAACGGCCUGAUGGAGCGUCAGGACUGGCAGGCCGCUAUCAAGAAGCCUCUCUGCACCCUGCCCGGGGGCUCUGGGAACGCCCUGGCUGCUUCCAUCAACCACUACGCUGGCAACACGCGGGCCUUCAAGGAGGAGCUGCUGACCAAUUGCACCUAUUUCCUCUGCAAAGGCCUGCAUGCCCCCAUGGACCUGGUCUCCCUGAGCACGGCCUCGGGCAAGCGCCUCUACUCCUUCCUCAGCUUCGGCUGGGGCUUCAUCUCCGACGUGGACAUCGCCAGCGAGAAGUACCGCCAGCUGGGCAACGCCCGCUUCACCGUGGGCACCAUCCAGCAGCUGGCCGGGCUGAAGGUCUACAAGGGGCGCCUCUCCUACCUGCCCGUGGAGACGUCCUCCUCCGUCUCCUCAGCCCCCGGCAGCCCUUCAGAGCAGAACAGCCACCACGUGCCAUGCAGUAACGGUCGCCCCCUCCACAUCCUCCCUCAGCCUGCGCCACGGCCCCCUCACGAGGGGUCCUGGCCAGAGGACUCGCUCCUGGUCCCCUUCGACCAGCCAGUCCCAAAGCACUGGACCGUUGUGCCUGAGGAGGAGUUUAUCUCCAUUUUCGCCAUCUACCAAUCGCACUUGGGCGCUGACUUCGCCAUGGCCCCCACGGCCAAGCUUCACGACGGCGCCAUGCACCUCUUCUGCCUGAAAGCCGGGGUCUCACGGCUGGGCCUGCUCAGACUCUUCCUAGCCAUGGAGAAGGGGACCCACCUGGACCUGAACUGCCCCUACCUUCACUACGUCCCCGUGAGGGCCUUCCGGCUGGAGCCCUUUGCUUCCACCGGGCUCAUGACGGUGGAUGGCGAGCCGCUGGCGUGUGAGCCAGUGCAGGGCCAGGUGCACGACCAACUCUGCCGGAUCAUCAGUGGCUCCUGAGCCACCUGCCAGCCGGACCAAUAAACUGCUUCACAAAGGGUUUUGACCAUGUGCAUCCCUGGGGAGCAGUGAGGGAGGACAGGCAAGGACCACGGCAGAGAAUGCUCACACCUCCUGCCACUCAGUGUCUUCUCCAGCCCCUGCCUCUCUCCUCCUCUGGAAUAGUUCACGGGGUCUCUUGUUCCCCUUGCUCUGCCCGGCCUCCUGAGUCCCACCCCCCCACAGUCCUUUUCCUGCCUGAUCACAGGCACUAUGGGCCUAGCACUAAGAGGUUUGGUUAAUAAGUUUGAGGGCGGGGGAGGGACACUCACAGCCUGGCCUGCCCCCGUGUCAGGAAGCUCCUGCGGGACACAGGUGACUCCUGAGCAGUGGAUGGCAGGUGAUGGUACCCAAAUACAGGUACAGCUCUUUCCAGGUCAGCUUAGCAGCUGCAAGGAUAUUUCUCCCACCACCCCCACUCUAAGUGCUGCACUGCUUCCAGAUCAGCCUAUCUUUGCAAGGGACUCUGCAGAUGAAGCCAGGUGACUUGCCAAACCCAGGCUCCCCACAGUACAGGCCUCCCUUGCAUUUCUGCUCCUAGGUUCCCCACAAGGACAAAGUCAGUCUGCUCCCUUCCCACAGCUCAACAAUACACUAAUGGCACAAGAGCGCUACCCUUUCCUCCAGGAGCAGAGUGCCACGGGGACCGAGCAGUGACAGCGGGCACCAAGCCCUGGGGCCUGUAGGGAAAUGAGAACUGGUUCCACCAUAAAUGUCGGCCCUAGAAGUUUAUAGUUUGUUACAAUGAACCAAUAUUUUUUAAAGAAAAUAUUUCUACCAAAAGCUCCAUGGAGACAGAGUUUAUUCUUAAAAUGAGACAAUAAAGAUCUAGCUUUUCCAAACAGGAGGCCUUGGUUGUUAUAUGGGGAGCACUCUGCUUUCAUUGCAAACCUAAGCACCUGGAACUCCCAGGUUGGACUGUUUCCGCCCUGGGAUUGCUGUGGUGUAAUAAGCAAUAAAGUUUCUUGGAGCAGCAGCAUCUCAGGGGUUAUUGCUUUCCGAUUUUGCCAGCAAGGGGCUGUGGGCGAAUUGCUCCAAAAUGCACUGCCUCUUGGUGUUUGCACAGAAUCCCAGUCAGCCUGCUAAAAAAUCCCUUUAUUCUCCGGCGUAUGGACGAGCUGGGAUGACUCAUGGUGGGCCAAGAGGUGGUAUCAUCCCAAUCCAAGGUAUUAAAAAAUUAAAUUAAUUUUGCAGGGUCCAUUGAGUUUAUAUGUUUUAACUGUAGAGGGGAAAACCAUCAAUCUAGUCCAACAGCUGUUUCUUUAGAAACAUUUUGGAAACAAGUAGGCUAAAAAACUCAGAACUGUUACAAUAAUCUUUAUAAAAUCACACAGCAUAGCACUGCUUGGGGUCAGACGCCGCAGUGCGGGGCAGCCUUAUGAAAACCUAGGCAGCGUUCAUGUCCAUGGCCCACAUUGCAUGGGUUGGGUUAGGUAGCAACAGCUGUAAAGAACACACAUCACAGCCCCAGUCCCGCUGAAGCAUUCUGUGACUUUCAGCACUGUGCAGGUACGUGAUCUGAACAGAUAAAAGCUUGGGGGAAGGGCUGGCUGUGCAGGCAGACUGAGCCGCCACCAAGUGCUGAUUAGACCCAUUUCAUAUGGUGACAC